GACAGCAGCGCUCGAGCUCGUUUGACAGAUGUUCGCUGAGGUUCAACGGCUCCGGAGCACCGGAGGAGGAGAGCGGUCGGUGAGCGGGUUGUUAGCCGGAGGAGGAGAGCGGAGAGCGGGCUGUUAGCGGGAUCAUUCACCGGAGGAGGAGAGCGGUCGGUGAGCGGGUUGUUAGCCGGAGGAGGACAGCGGAGAGCGGGCUGUUAGCGGGAGCAUUCACCGGUGGAGGAGAGCGGUCGGUGAGCGGGUUGUUAGCCGGAGGAGGAGAGCGGAGAGCGGGCUGUUAGCGGGAUCAUUCACCGGUGGAGGAGAGCGGUCGGUGAGCGGGUUGUUAGCCGGAGGAGGAGAGCGGAGAGCGGUCAGUGAGCGGGAGCAUUCACCGGUGGAGGAGAGCGGUCGGUGAGCGGGUUGUUAGCCGGAGGAGGAGAGCGGAGAGCGGUCAGUGAGCGGAUCAUUCACCGGUGGAGGAGACUGAAACAUGUCGGGGGAAAAAGGGUCGAGUCCGUGUAACAAAUUUCAAGCCAACAUCUUUAAUAAAAGUAAAUGUCAGAACUGCUUCAAGUCCCGGGAACUGCAUCUGCUGAACGACCACAACAUGGAGCAGGCCAAACCGAUCUACGGAGGCUGGCUGUGUUUGGCUCCUGAGGGGACAGACUUCGACAACCCGAUGCAGAGGUCGAGGAAAUGGCAGCGACGCUUCUUCAUCCUGUACGAACACGGCAGCCUGAGCUUCGCCCUGGACGAACUGCCGAGCACUUUGCCGCAGGGUACGGUGAACCUGAACCUGUGCACGGACAUCGCCGACGCGGAGCCCAGGACGGGCCAGAGGAACGCGCUCUGCAUCGCCACGCCGGAGCAGGAAAUAUUCAUCCGCGGUGACAACAGAGAGAUCAUUAAUGGGUGGAGCGAACAGCUCGCCGUCUAUCUGCGGACUAACAGGCAGAAUCAGAAGAAGAAACGCAAAGUGGAACCCGUUGCCACCCAGGAACCGAGUCCAGCAAAGAUGGCUGCGACUGAUCCAAGUUUUCCGUCCUCGGAGAACGCUGCAGAGUCCGGCUGCGGUCGGUGGCAGGAAGACCAGCGGGGCAGGGGACCGGGUCUAACCCCCAUGUGGACUGUCCCAGACACUGAUCCCUCUUUGGGCCCGGAGCAGACCCCUACAGGCAGCACGUCUACCUACCUGUGCCCGGCCUCCAGGGACUCUCUGACCUUGGCUGGAGGUUUCGUUAACCCGGUCGGCUGCUUGGACUUGGUGGCCGGUGGAAGCAACCAGCUGACUGAGUCAAACAACAUCCAAACAUCAGCCGACAACAAGAACCAGAGCCGGGACAAAAGGCCGGCAGAGAGGCUGCUGGGAUUGGAGACCACCGAGAAGGAGCGGGAAGGAGGGGCAGCUGUUUCCAGGGAGGGCAGGAGCGAGGCUCGCGCCAGCAAACGAGAGAAGCUUCAGUCGUGUGGAGACAUAGUCCAGCUCACCGCACCCCCACCUCAGAGAAGAUCCAGGUCUCUGGACCGCAGGACGUCAGACACAGUCAUGACGCCAGAUUUAUUAAACUUCAAAAAGGGCUGGAUGGUCAAACUGGAUGAAACCGAUCAGUGGAAGAAAUAUUGGUUUGUGCUGUCGACCGACAGUCUGAGGUACUACAAGGACUCCAUAGCCGAGGAGGCUUCAGAUCUCGAAGGAGAAAUCGACCUCACAAAGUGUUAUAAUGUGUCUGAGUACCAGGUCCAGAGGAACUACGGCUUUCAGAUCCACACGCCAAAGGAUGUCUACACGCUGUCGGCCAUGACUUCAGGGAUACGCAAGAACUGGAUCCAGGCUCUGAUGAGGAAUGUACACCCGGCCAACGCCCCCGAUGUAGCCAGUUUACCGGGCCAACACGCUCCCUGCAGCCCCCCUGAAGCCCUCCCCAAACCAGACGUGACUAGGGACUCCCCCUCCGCCGACCUCUCUGCAGAGAGAGACCCUCGCCCCAAACACAGGACCGUAACGGAGAAACGUCGGGAAGGACGCUACAGAACCUUCGACUGGGCCGAGUUCAGGCCUCAGAACAAACCGGCUCCAGACGCAGACCCUCCGAGGACUAAACCUCUGUGCUCGCUGGAGCUGGGCGACCUGGAGAGGAGGAAGAGGCGGGAGGAGAGGAGGAGGAGGUAUGAGAGCAUGCUGGGAAUCUCUCUGGGUCGGGAGGUGACCAGCGAUGAAGCAGCGGACGUCAACGUCAGGGCAAUGAGUCCAAAAUCACAGCAGCGAGUGGAGGAAGAGAUCGAAGAGUGCUGGAGGCUGGUGGAGAAGACGGUGUUCAGACUGGAGGGAACCGUCCCGAUGCUGACCGACGCCAGAGACGCUGCGGAGACGGAGAAACUGCUGGAGACCUACAGGAAGAAACUUGACGAUCUGAAGGUUCAGCUGGCCGAGUCGGAGAGUCGCAGGGUGGAGCUGGAGGCUCAGCUGAGUACAGCGGGAUAUCAUCAGCAUCAGCUGGACCCUCCUCUUCCUUCUGAAGAAGACACAAACGACCAGCCGUUAAACAGCCACACGCAGACCCUGAAAGACGUGUACGAAGAAACCAGAGAGCUCUUACAACAGCAGAACAUCAUCAGACAGGACAUGCAGCAGCAGCUCAGCUUCGAACCGCCUUCUUUAGCUCCUCAGACACCCAGAAUCUGGCUGCACGACACGGAGGGAAAUCUCCAAGAACUGGGGGAUUUGACAUCUUUACUGUCCCCUGCAUCCGACAGCCAAGACGUUUUCCCCCAGAGCGACAGAGAGACCGUAGAACGACAUGCAGACGUCGAGAACCAGCCGGACGGAGAAGAUCGUCAGCAGGUUCCCGGCUCAGAAACACAAAUAAAUACCAGCGAGUAUAGUUCACUGAUUCUAGAGGAGCCUGCAGACGGAGACUCUCUGAGCUGCUGUGUGGAGCACCAGGAGACGGUGAGGAGGCUUUCCCAGGAGCUGGAGCUGCUCACCAGCGAGAACGAGGCUCUCAACCAGCGCAACCAGGAGAUGCUGAACCAGCUGACAGAGGCGGACCGCGAGAUAGAGCGUCUGAAAGCUGAGCUCAGCAACAGCAGGUACACCGAACCCCUUCACCUCCCCGAGGUGGAGCAGCUGGGACAGAUGGGGGGCGGCGAUCUGGAGAUGGAGCUGAGCUUGAGGAACCAGCAGCUCCUGGAGGCCCAGAGCUUGAUCGCCUCCCUGGAGGAGAACCUGAGGGAGACGGAGGCGCUGCUGCAGCUGAACGUCCCAGAGGAGAGCGCACAGGAUGAGAGCGAGAGCGCGGAGAACCUGCUCCGCUGUUUGGAGGCUACCGAGGCCAAGCUGACGGAGCUCGAGAGGCAGCUCGACCAAUCGGAGCUUACCUGCGCGGCGCUCCAGACGCAGAACGCGGAGCUGAAGAAGGCGGAGGAGCUUCACCGUCGGACAGCUGCCGAGGCGGAGGCCGACAUCAGGAGGCUGAACGAGGAGCUGGAGAAGGAGAAGCCGAAGGACGGAGACAGAAACGGGUGCGUUUCUGGUGAAGAGAGGAUCCAGAAGGUGAUCGAGGGGAUGGUGAUGAGGUUGAACGCUUUGGGGAAACUACUGGAGGUGAUCGACAGGUUGGACGUUGGUGUGAGAGGAGAAGAGGAGGAGAAGCCUUCGGUGGCGAGUCAGCUGAAGUGGGAGGAGGAGUUCUGGAGUUUGCUGCUCAACAAACUGGAGUCGAAUCCGUCCCAGCUACACGAGGAGAAACCCGUAGAAGAGCUUCUGAGCGAGGUGACCGAACGAAUGAUAGUGGAGAAACAAAUGCUGCUUCUAGCUCUUCUGUCUGGGGCGGAUGAAGGGAGGGAAGGCCUGAAAGAUCUGGAUAUUAUUUGGAAUAUUGCAAGUGAGGAAGCCAAAAAGCAGGAUGAGAGCAGGAUGUCAGAUUUUAACGACGAGCUGUGUGAGAUCAAACGUUUCAGAGGCUUAACACAGAUGAAAAUCUCUUUGCUGAGUCGCCUCGCCUCCUCCGUCAGCCCCUCUGCUCAGGACCAGCUCCAGCUGAUGGCGGACCGCCUCUCCAACUUCCACUUUUCGGAGCAUCCCUGGUCCGGUUUCAUCCACUCCGCAGCCACUGAGGCGUUAUACUUCUGCCACUUAAGCCGCCUUCGCUCGAAACACGAAAGGGAGCUUGAGGAAACCAAACAGAAACUUCUCACCGCGUCUCUCAUCUGCAGCAACUGUGUGGACCUGAUGGAAGAAAACAGGGAGCUGAGAGCGAGACUGUCGAACCGGGAGGGACAGCAGGCGCCGUCAGUGGGCGGUAAGAUGGACACGUGCUGCCAGACAGACGCAGAUAUUGAGGUACAGGUGGCGACGGAAACCGGGGGAGAAAAUGUACAAAAGACGCCUGAAACAGCAGAAGAGAUGGUGGAGUGUAUGGAAAUCCCACCGUCAUGUGUCAAAGGUGAGUCAGAGACAGCGGACGAAGACACGAAAGAGACAAGUGACACGUCCCACCAGGAAACGGCGGCGGCGUUCGAGGCAGAGCCCAGUUUAGUGCUGAGGAGGAGAGUGAAGGAGCUGGAGGAGCAGCUGUCCGUCUUGGAGGAGACGAUGAAAGACGAGUUUGAAGGGAAGAUGAGUUUUGUUCAGAUGCAACACGAGGAGGAGAUGGAGAGGCUGAAGGUCACGUGCGAGCGCGGCUUCGCCUCCGUGGAGGAGUGUCAUCUGAAGGUCGUGGAGGAGCUGCAGCGUCGACACCAGCAGGAAGUGGAGCACCUCCUGGUGGAGAGAGACCGACUGCUGGAGGAGGAGAGCGCUGCCACGGCGACCGCGAUCGCGGCCAUCAGGAACGCUCACCGGCUGGAGCUGGAGAAGGAGGAGCAGAGGAGGAGUCGGGCAGAGACGGGAGACGCUCACCUGGAGGACGUUUACAGACAGCACAGCGAGGAGCUGGCCUCGUACCAACGGGAGCUCCAGGCGUUGUCCCAGCAGUUCUCUCUGAAGUGUCUGGAGAACGGACAUCUUGUCCAGGCUCUGGAUGCUGAGAGGAAGGCCUUGUGUCAGUGCCAGCAGCAAAACCAAGACCUGAGGACCAGAAACCAGGAGCUGAACGGUCACCUGGCGGCUGAGAUCUCCAGACUUUGUUCUCUGGUCCAUCAGGACGAAACGCCGCUCGGUCCGAGAGCGGACGCGUACGAGAUGGAGAUCAACCUGCGAGUGAAAGAGUCCGAAGUCCAGAGUCUGAAACAGGAAGUCACGUCUCUGAAGGACGAACUGCAGUCGGCACAACGGGACAAGAGGAACGCCGUGAAGACGUACAAGGACGCGUACGCCGAGCUGAGCGCCGCGAGGGCGGACAGCGAGCGAGAGCUGGACGAGCUGAGGGAGAACCUGAGGCUGGCUCGCCGCGCUCUGGACCACAAUGCACCCUGAUAGCUCCACAUUUCAAAAUAAAAGUACUCAGUACAAGACAAAUCAUUCCCUCCUGUAACCUCUAAAAAGUUUUAUUUAAUAAAUCCAGAAACUGUUAUUAAGUUUUUACCAUCAGCAUAAAGAAAUAAGUGUUUAUGUUAUUUUAUAUAUUUUAUAUCUGUACAGACAUUUUAUUGCUGUAACACUUCAGUCUGAUUACAUGUUUUUAUCAUAUUUAUGUUUGUUUGUUUGUUUGUUUGUUUGUUUGUUGUCCUCAUCCUCUGCUGUACGUGUCGUUAAACUGUCGUUUUUUUUUUACAUCAAUUAAAUCUUUUUAAAUUAAAAUCUUAAACAUUUCUGUCAGUGGACUCUGAUUUAUAUAUUUGUAUUAAUAUAAUAAAUUAAAUGAAAUCGGCAGAUUAAAA